AGAUCCUCUUUAGACCGUUGCCAUUUUUUUGUCGGAACUCACACUUUUCCUUGAAGCACUGCCAGAGACCCGUUGUGCAUCUUCAUUGGCCACCCCAUGUCACGCACAGGCUAAACGCUCGCUGUUGCUUUAUGUCGGAACAUGCCUAUUUAUCCCCUCCUCACUCUUGAGCGAGAAUCUGGACAGUCUAGGAGAGGCGCUUUCUCAGGAGCUUUACCUAGUGUGAUCAAUAUUCUCUAGAAUAUGUGCUUUCGAUUAUUAUAAUAAUGCCAGUCAUUUGAUACGGAUUCUACACAUUAGAUCCAUUUUCACGUGCGUAUUUAUUCAGUGUUAAUUACACUAUGCAUAAAAUGAGUGUGUUUCUUAAUUAAAUAUUGCUGUUGACUGCAGAGUUUAAUUUCUUUCUAGUCGUGAGGAGCCUGCCUGAUUCUACCGAUACUGAUACACCGAAGUGGAUUUAUGGAUUUGUGUGUGUGUUUGUGUGUGCUCUUGUGUGGGAGUGAUGCUCUCGUUCACGCCAGCUCUCAGGAUAUCCGGAAUCUUAUCGGGUUUUUGUUCAAAGCGGAUGCGUUAGAAUGAUGUCACUGUCAUCCAGAAUUGGAUGUAACGUUGAAGUGAAGUGAUUUGGUUUAGGUUCAAAUCCUAAUCCAGCUAAUCUCUGUUCACUUGAAGGAACCUUUAAACUUCAAAAUGGCUAGCGCGAGGAUAUUUUUUAGCAAAAAACGCCACCAAAGAAAUGGCUUCAUCAACGAGGAGGUACCUGUUGUUGAGAACGGUUAUGAGAUGCAAGAGUCGGACGAAGACGAGGUCUUCGUUCAGGAUCCAAAUCUAGAAAUUUCGGCCUCAAAGCCUCUAAUGCAUCCGCGAAGCAAAGGUCAGAGAGCGACAGUUAAAACGAGGACUCUCGACUGCAGGCUCUGCGCUAUGUGCAAACCCCUUCUCUACUUCAUCGUGCUUGUAUCAGUCUUGUGUGGUGUCAUGGCAACCAUUGUUUACGUUGCCAACAGACACAAAGUCCAGACGCAUGCCGGUAAGCUCACAACAGCCUCAGAAGCCGCAGACGUUUCCGGGGUCAAUGACCUCACUGGGAAAGAGGAGACGAUUGUGAUUGGCUGCGACAAGGUCGAGGUGGAGGACGUUUGGGUUGUGGGCGUUCCCAAACUACUCACAGAGUCGGCUUUCCGAUUGGUGGACGUGAACCAAGAUGGAGUAUUGGAUGUUGUGCUUGGGUUCGCUACUGGUGAGUGAUUCUGUUACGUUGUUUGCAAAUUUCAUUGCAUAGUGUGAUUUUUUUUAAAAAAUGGAUCGAUUUUAUGAUGCAAUAUUUUUAUAAGAAAGAGCAAUAGAAAACUCAUGUUAAGUCACAAGUACUAUACUUGCGAUAAACUUUUAUACCUCGUAUUACAAGUGGUCAGUGUGGCCACCACCAGGGUCUCGAGCAAUACUAAGGCCAUAAGAGAAUUCAUCCGAGACGCGUUUCAGUUUCAGCAUAUCACGGUCCACUGAGUUGAUUGGUGUUGUUAUUUUAAGGUGUUAGUGGGUAGCUGUGAAACAUAAAUGGCAUCUUUUACAUAUCUCACAUUUUUAAAAAUCACACACAGUGAGAUCUUGGGAUCUGGCAGGUCAAGUACAGAGAACAAGGUCUUGGUCUUGGGCCCCUUUCCGACCAUUCCAUAGCCGGGGCACUUUUUCAUAUUAUAAAAAAAAGCUCAACCUAUCUGAUGCAUUUGGGGCGUUGCUCCAUUUUGUUACAAACGAAGUCGUGCGAAUCUGUUUGCGGUGAUGUGAAGAACCAGGUUUUGGAGCAUAUCGAGAUAGGUUUGUCCUGUAAUG